AUGACCAAAGGUAUUGGUUCUUCUUUCACCGCUCAUUCGAAGGGUAACUUAUUGGAACCACCAAGUCGUAGAUGGUCAAAGCACAGUCCAAAUAAUGAAAAUAUUUCUUGGUCUUCGCAAGGUUCUUCAAGGAAUGAUCGUACAAGUUGGUGCUUGGAUGUUAAUGAUAAUCCUUCAGCUGCUGCUCGAAAUAAUCAGAAUAAAUCACGACCAACAUCUGUAUCGUUUGAUACGCCACCAUUACCUACUUCUGUCAAUCUUCCUCCAAACUCUCCUCCAUCAAUUUAUAACCCAUCGGCUUCACGUGAAACGAGAAAUUCAUCUUCGUUUUAUUUUACUUCAAAUACUUUAUUACCAA